AAUCAACUGAACUACUAUGUAGGGGUGAGUGAGAUUCUCGAAUAAGUAGGUUCAAUAUAACGACUCGUACAGUUGCCUUAUCAUGUACGAGGCAAUGAUAUGCAUGGCCGACGUUGUAGAUAUAAUGCUAGGCGUCAUCAUGAUUGCUCGCUUGCAUGCCAUGUAUCAGCGAUCCAGAAAGGUGCUAAUAUUUCUCGUUGUCAUCUUCUUGACCAUGAGAAUCGCCGUCGCAGUGAUGGACGCAAUACAGCUGAUGCAUGUUUCAGGGGAGGAACUCGUUCUCUCCGGUAAUCAUCUGUGCACCAUUAACCUUGCGGGAGAUUCCCUAUCUAUGAUUCCCAUGACAUGGAUACUUGGCAUUGUAUGGGAGGUCCUUGCACUGUGUCUCGCAGUCUGGAUUGCUGUCAAGCACUUUCGUGAACUGCGACAACAUUCACCAGGAGGUAUCAUCGGGGACUGUUUCAUGAUGUUAAUUCAAACUCACGUUAAUUACUUUGCGAGCUUUGUUGUUAUUGCUUGCCUCUAUAUUGGUCAAUUGUCUCAAAUGUUCUCAGCGCACGAAUCGUCCUUGAACGUUCAAAUUUAUGAUGGUUUCGCUCAAAUCUUGUACAUGGUACAGCUGUCUGUGCUGGGACCACGCCUUAUCCUCAGUGUUCGAGAAUAUUAUGCAAAACUUGUGGCCGACUCUGAUACAGCAACGGCUAUGACUUCGAUUGUUUUCCAGGAAUGCGUUCAUGUGGAAACUAGCAGUAGCGUGUAGCGCAGGACAUUCUCGAUAUGAUUGCUUUGCAAUAGGCAGGUGGUCUGCA